UGUGAUGGGCCUGCAAAGAAUGCCAACAUGGAACCGUGGCAAGGACGAUGUUUUUACCAGUCAUAACACGAGGGAAAUAUUCUGGACCGUGGAUUGUAUUAUUCGCCUUGAAGAGAAACACCCACAUUUCUAGUAGAGAGUUGACACAGAGCACUUCCUUCCUGGAGUACUUAACCACAUUUUCCCUUUGGUUGGGACUUUGACAAAUGGUCUCAGUAAGUGACAAAGUGGUGACCAGUGACAGUGAUUCACUGGGGGAUGGUUCUCUCGCCACUGUUCCUUUAAGCAGUGUGGAGGGGAGCGAGACCAGCGAUGGCCGCACCCUGGCCCUCUGCUCCAGCCCCACGACCCCUGGGGAGAGCGGGGUCCCUCCCGGCUGCAGCUCUAGGGAGCAGCAGACGCAGGGGGAGUACGGUGGCACCCACACAUCUCCUAUCCAUCUCUACUUGAGCUCUCCCAGCGUGGACCGAGAGGACAAGCCUCCAGACUUUGACUCGCGCCUGACAGAUGGCUUUGCGCCUACACUGGAGGACAUCGAGGAGUUUCUACGCGAGAAGAUGGAACAGGUGAAGGAGGGGCUCCUAGGAGCAACUGACGACCAGAGCAAGGAUGAGGAUGAGGAGGAAGAUGAAAUGGAGGAUGCUGAGGCUAGCCCCGCUCCCCCCUCCACCUCUGAUGAUUCGCUGUCUCCAAACCUGCCAGUGGACCAGACGGUGCCCCCGGUUCCCGUCUCCCCCUCGACCCCUGUCCUGGUGGGCUCCCCGGUGCUCCUGCAGCUGCAGCCGCUGGCUCCCAGCCCUCCGGGCCUGCGGGUGGCGCACCUGCUUGUGGGCGUGCAGAAUGCCCAGAACUUUAUGGUGCUAUCACCCCAGCAAGGGCCCACGUCCACCCUGCUGCCCUUCCCCGGCGGGCCCGACCAGAAGUAUGUGAAGAUCGCGCCCUUGCCCCUGACGGUGCGGGCGGUGGGCGUGGCAGGGGCCAACCUGGUGAAGGCCAUUCCUCCUCGGCCACCCAGGCCCGCGUCCGAGAUGCUGCGUGUGCACAAGUGCUCGCACCCUGGCUGCGAGAAGAUGUACACAAAGAGCAGCCACCUGAAGGCCCACUUCCGCAGGCACACAGGAGAGAAGCCGUACCAGUGCAGCUGGCCCGACUGCGGCUGGAGGUUCUCUCGCUCCGACGAGCUGUCACGUCACAGGCGCUCCCACUCCGGGGUCAAGCCGUACGGCUGCACCUUCUGCGACAAGAAGUUUGCCCGCAGUGACCACCUGUCCAAACACACCAAGGUGCACCGCAGCCCUCGGCCCGGGCGGCUCGUGCGGGCCAGCUUCUGAGCCGCCCUCUCAGGUCUGAACUGAGUCUCAAGCCACUCUGCAGGCUUUGCUGGCCUUGGUGCUCUUCUGUAAGGAAGUCCAGCAAAUGACAACAACAACAGCAACAACAUCAACAAUUACAAAAUAACAAUUACAAUAUAUGUCCAAGGUGCUCUUGUAUGUAAGAAAAGAAGCAGGUGAAAAGUCUGCAUUCCCCCUCUCAUUUGUAGAGUAGAGGUAAAGCUAAUAUUUUAGCUUUUUUGCAGUGCUAUGGCCAGCUAACUUGAACCCGCUCAGGGAUGUGAUUGUGUAGCUCAGAGCAGGUUUGUGAGUUACUCUUGGUGUUUGCAGAUAUCAGCAACCAGUCCCUCGGUCUGUCUCUUUGUCUGCCAAAACUCAACAAUGGCAACAUCUGUGAGUCUGAAGCAAACCAUCGACAUCUAUAGCGGCUCUUAAAAACAAGAUUGUCUCUUUUUCUCGGGACAUGUCUUAAGCACAAUCAGUAGGAAAGAUAAGAACGAUAAUUUAUAGAACACCAAUCAGUCAGUAAUUAUUUUAUAACAUUUUAGCGAGUUGGUGUGACGUCGGUGGCACUAACCUUAAAAUGACGGACUGAUUGUGUAGCGGGCUUAAUGGUGCUCUGUUGAAGACUUGCUUUUAAAGACUCAAAUCUAUUAGCCAGUUGUAAGCUCCAUUCAUUGUUCGUGUGUGUGUGGGGGGGGGGAGGUUAAUUGACAGUUAAUAGCCUUGAAAAAAAUAAGGCAAUAUGCCCUGUCAGUGCUUGUCUACCAGAAUUUAGCUUGACACCACCACAAUUAGUUAGAAGGUGAGUGAAGAAAUCAUAAAAUGGAAUCACUGAUUGCACUAAAAUGGAAACGCAUUUGAGUAACUUUUUCCAACGGUAAAGCAUUUAUCAACAAAUGUAAAUCUCAACAUUGUUCCAGUUUCCAAAAAACAUAUAACCUCUACUAUUCAUCAAUAAGUAAAUAUGGCUUUAGUUUCACAAAUAAGCUCUGGUGAGACCGUUGGGUACGGUUUUUCGCAAUCAAAUAAACAGUAGUGCCCUCACUUUCUUACCAUGCAGUCCCUAUCAUUGCAAUCACGAGGAGUGUAGUCUCUUCUGCAAGUGUGUUGUCCUCUUAUCCAUAGUGAAGUACAGAAGUGCUCUUCAGCAGCUGUUGACCGUGUGUCCUUAACCUCACUGUUGUCUUUAUUUUCCAUGUCCAAUCAAACCCCCUGGUCCACCUAAAGGUAUUUUUUUGUACUGUAAACUUCUGGUCCUUUCCGUAUGCCGUCUUUCCCUGAAAUAAGCACCCUGGAACCAUAACACUCUCAUGUGGGACAGGUUUAGUAAUGAUGAUGACCUUCUUCAUCCAAGAGUCCCACUUAAGUACUGUAUGAAUUAUAAGCUAUUUUUUCUUCAUUGUUGUAUAAUAUCAGUGUAUGUUUGCUGCAUAUGCGCCAUUGUUCUUUUAUUGUAUUUGUUACUUUAGUUUAGUCAAUGUUAACGUCCAUAGUUUCUUUUAGGCUGAUAAAAACAGCUUCAUCAUUUACACUGAUUCUUGGUCUGGCAGCUGAUCGUUUCAUGUCGAUAUGAAGCUAUCUGGCAACACUUUAUCUGAUUAAGCUGUGUAAGAGAAAAACAGAACAUGUCAAGGUUUUUUCCUCUGCCUUGAUGAAUCAUGGUUUUUGUUCUUGGAGUAGUGGAUGUCCUUGCUGGACCUCUUUGAGGGAAAAUGUUAAUCACUGCAACCUGAAAAGUGCACUUAGCUUAUGGCAGGCAGGUGUGUUAAGUUGGAAUCCUCAUAAUUUCCAAUAGGUCUAUGAAUGAGGGUCUGUGUGAUGGCGAUCUAAACAUGUCAAAGCCUAUUUCAUGUAUAGAGUUCCUGGCACCCAAGUAUACAACUGGACUGAUAUAGGAAUAACACUUUUAUAAUAUCUUAUAGGGGUCAUCUGUAUUGUUCAUCAUCAUGUUUUGGGAAGCAAUGACAAGCUUUCAUUUCUUUACAGUAUGACACUAAUCCAAAUGCCAAAUACAAUCCCUCGUUUUCGAAACAUUUUCCGUUGCCUUACCAGGAGAGUCAUGCUACUCAGUUUAACUGUACUCAUUAACAAAGCCAUCAGAUGUAGCCUCUCUACUGUAGAGAUGGUGAAAUACAGUAUAGGUUCUAUUUUUGAACAUGUCAAAUGCUAUUUUCCUAUGUAUAAUAAAUAAAAAAACAAAAAAGA